AUGCAGACUUGGUCGCAGGUGCUUGGAAAGCAUCCUCGACGCUUGAAGAACUUUUGGCUGCUGGUCAUCGGUCUCUGUGCGGGCUCUGCAAUCACAAAAAUCCUCCACGACCAAUGGACCGCAUGGGAUGCUCCAGAUACAGUUCAACAUACUGCGCCAUACAGCGACCGCCAAGAUCUUGCGCUCGUCGUGGCCAGUCAGUCUGGGGAUAAUACCACCUGGCUGGACUCGUUCCAAAACUGGUCAAAGCACAUAUAUGUCACCGAUGAUCCCACCGCCAAUCUUACAGUGCCCGCGAACAGAGGACGCGAGGGAAUGGCGUACUUGACAUACAUAAUAGAUAACUAUGAGCAACUUCCACGCACCAUCGUCUUCUCGCAUUCGAACAGGUAUCAGUGGCACAACGACGAUCCGUUCUAUGACGGCCAGGCUGUGCUUCGGCGACUCAACAUAUCACAUGUCAUCGGCCAAGGCUACGUCAAUCUGCGUUGCGCCUGGACUUUGGGGUGCCCCGCCGAGAUCCAUCCCGUCAGCGACGCGACCGCUCCGCCGCCCGCCUCUGAUCCUGGCUCUAACGAUGCAAGAGCCGGGUCCUUUUACAAACAAGCGUUCCAAGAGCUGUUUCCUGAUGUGGAUGUUCCAGAUGUCAUUGGAUCGGCCUGCUGCGCGCAAUUCGCUGCGACGGCCGAGGCGAUCAGAGCAAGGCCCAAGACGGACUAUCAACGAUUCCGGGAGUGGCUUCUCACAACGUCUCUACGGGAUGACCUCAGUGGGCGAAUACUGGAGUACUCAUGGCACAUGAUUUUUGGCAAAGAGCCCGUCUUCUGCCCCGACGCUAGAAGUUGCUACUGCAAACUCUUCAACCUGUGUGGUCUGCAAUGCGAAGAACGCGGCCUUUGUCGCGCGGCAUACACUUUGCCUACAUACUCUACGCUUCCAGCAGGAUGGCCAGAUGUGGAUUGGGAUGACAAUCGACGAAAUGCCACGGCCAUGAUGAUCGAAUACGAGUCCAAAUACAUGAACGGAGCUGAGUAA